UGGAAUCCAAUACAAAUGCAACAAAAACUGGGGGGGUGGGGGGUGGGGUACGAAAAGUAAAACAGAGUUGAGCCGCGCACUUCCGAACUCACCAAGUUUCAACCAACAAAAACCCAGAUCCUUCUUUCUAUUAACUUCUUCACUUUCACCUUCCUCUCCCUUUGAUUUUCUCGAGAAAAUAUAUUUCAUCUCUGUUUCCUUUUUUUUCUCGAGAAAAUUCCUCACAACUACAUCAACAACCACAACAACUUCAUCUCUGUUCUUCGAUUUUUCCAUUUUCCCUUUCCUCUCACCUGCUCCCCCAUUUUACGAAAUUCCUCUUCUCUCCAUCCAUGUCUUCUGCCCCUCCUCUUCUCAGCCUACUAUCGCCUUCUCUGCUCAGGGUUUUCUCAAGAGGUUGACGUCCCUGUGCAGAUCGUUUCCAGUGGGUUUUGCGUUAUUCUCUGAAGCUCAAAAACAUUUAGCUUUCAUACUCAGUGUCCCUGAAUUGAAAUGUUAGGCUUUGAAGGUCCUGGAACUAGUGAUGAAAUUAGAGAGAGCUUUGAAAAUUCUGAAGAUGAGAGGCGGCUGUCCAAAAUUGGGAACCUCAAGAAAAAGGCAAUAAAUGCUUCCAAUAAAUUUACUCACUCUCUUAAGAAGAGAGGAAAGAGGAAAAUUGACUACAGGAUUCCUUCAGUACCCAUAGAAGAUGUACGAGAUGAAAAAGAGGAAAGUGCUGUCCUUGAAUUGCGUCAAAAACUUCUUGAGAGGAAUUUAUUACCUUUUAGGCUUGAUGAUUAUCAUACUUUACUGAGAUUUUUGAAAGCUAGAGAUUUUAACAUGGAAAAGACAAUCCGGAUGUGGGAAGAAAUGCUUAAUUGGAGAAGGGAAUAUGGAGCUGAUACCAUUCUAGAGGAUUUCGAAUUUCAAGAGCUUGAAGAGGUGUUGCAGUAUUAUCCUCAGGGAUAUCAUGGAGUUGAUAAAGAAGGCAGACCAGUUUACAUAGAGAGACUAGGAAAAGCUCAUCCAAGUAGGCUCAUGCAUAUCACGACGAUAGAUAGAUACUUGAAGUACCAUGUGCAAGAAUUUGAAAGGGCGCUACAUGAAAAAUUCCCUGCCUGUACAAUUGCGUCUAAGAGAAGAAUCUGUUCAACAACAACAAUAUUGGAUGUGCAGGGCUUGGGCAUGAAAAAUUUCUCCCGCACUGCUGCAAAUCUCUUAGCUGCCAUGACAAAGAUAGACAGUUCUUAUUAUCCUGAGACAUUACAUAGAAUGUAUAUCGUCAAUGCUGGAUCUGGUUUUAAGAAGAUGCUCUGGCCAGCUGCUCAGAAAUUUCUUGAUGCGAAGACUGUUUCCAAGAUUCAGGUUCUUGAAUCCAAGUCGAUUGGAAAGCUACUUGAAGUGGUUGAUUCAGAUCAGUUGCCAGAUUUCUUAGGUGGCUCGUGUACAUGUAGUGGCGUUGAGGGAGGAUGCCUUCGAUCUAAUAAAGGUCCUUGGAACGAUCUUGAUAUUAUGAAGGUUGUGCAUAAUGCAGGAGCCACCUUUGUAAGGCAAGGCACAAGAGUGGGCAAGAAUGAAGCAAAAUGUGACUCCCGAGCUCAAAUGCCUUCAAUGAAGGGAAGAAGUAGUGAUACAUCAUUAGCGGAUUCAGGAUCAGAUCUUGAUGACCCGUACUCCCCACUGGGGCGUGCUGGCUCUUUGGUUACUUGUUUGGCUCCAGUUCACGAAGAGCAUAGGACAGCUGAUCCAAAUGCUUACUACAGUUGUGAUGAUUUCCUACCGGCUAGUUCAGUAGCUGACAGUGCCGAAGGCAUUGGAGGUUCUCAGGGUCCAUCUCUUGAAAUAAUGGAGAAUGGAAAUCUCUUGAACAAUGAAGCAUCAAACACAGAAGAUGUCAUAGCAAAUGAGCAUGAAAUUCUGAAACAAAAACUCGAGAAAAGAAACGUUCAGUCUAUAGGGAGAGUUCUUAUAUCUUUCUGGGUUAAAUUGGUAGCAGUUGUUCGUAGUUUACAGUUUCAGUUUUGGAAAAGACAGAACAACAUAUAUCCUUCUAACACAGUACACAUUACAAAUAACAAUGCUGCUCCAAUCCAAGUGGUAAACGAAGAAGAUUUCGUUGGUCCAUGUUUAGAGCGUCUUGAAAGGCUAGAAAAAAUCUUUAUAGAACUGAGCAACAAGCCUGCUAAAAUUCCUUUGGAAAAAGAGCAUUUGCUUACUGAAUCUUUGGACAGAAUCAAGUCGGUUGAAUUUGACCUGGAGAAAACGAAAAGAGCACUCCACGCUACUGUCUUAAAGCAACUUGAGGCUGGCGAGCUGCUGGAAAAAAUACGAGACUCCCAAUGUCAAGUAAGCAGCUUUUUAAAACAUAGGGCACAUCUUUUUUGUAUUUGUUAUAUUAUUAUUAUUUUUUUAAAAAAAAUUGUUUUCCUUUUGAAAUAUAAUUCUGACUCUGACUUUUUGAAAGGCAGUUUUCAAAAUUCCUUUUUUCCCCCAGGAUUCUGAAAAACUAAAUAGAAACAAAAUAAAUCAUUAUCUUCUUUGUACCCAUUUCAUAACCAAAAAUCUUCAACCACAAUAAUAUCAACUUGGAAAAUUUCAAACAUGGAGAAAGGGAUAUGGGAGAGGCCUCAAUUCAAACGGGGUCCAGCUGCUUAUAGUAGUCAAAUCCCCAUUCAUUUGGGGAAAGAAAAAUCUUUAACCGGACUAUUAACAUAGUCUUGUUUUUACAACCAUUUAGAUUUUUUUACUUUAUGUUUUUGAAAAAUAAGUUUACUCUCUCAUCUCUAAAUUUCUUUGCUUUUUUUAUUCAUUGUCAACGUUAUAAAGUUUUAAAAAUUAGAAGAAGCUGUUUUUAGAAACUUGUUUGUUUCCAAAAUUUGACUAAAAGUUUCAAGGGUUUAGAAAGCUAAAACUGAAACCAUUGUGGGGGGGUCACUAGUUUUAGUUAUUACCAGUUUUCAAAAACCGACCUUUUAUGUAUAGUGUUUACACCAACCUUAAAAACCUCCAAACCUUUUGUUACCCUUGUCCAAUUUGACUUAAAUUUGAAAUACAUUUGAAAAGAAAUUGGAAGGAGGCAAGAGUAAUUUGCUUCAUUACUAAAAAAAUGUUGUAAAUUGUGAUUUGUAUGCACAGCAGAGAAGAUUUUUGUGUUAGGAUUGCAAAAUGGGAGGGUGAAAGGUGAAAAUGGGUAACAAACCCUAUAAAAAUAGCGUUGAAGGAAAAAAAAAAAAAAAAAAAAAAGAAAAAGAGGCAGAAAGACAAAGGACGCACGCGGGAUUACAAAAUCCAAUGUUUGAAUUGGUGGCGGCAAAUACCUAAGAAGCGAAGACAGAGAUAGAGAAAGCAGGAAGCAAAGUAUAGAACUCUUACUUUUUCACUCCCCUUUCUUUUGGUUGGAAUCACCUCUACCCUUUUACUUUUUUUUACUUAUUUUUUUUUUUGUUUUACUUUUUCCAAUAUAUAUAUAUAUAAAUAUAUCUUUUUUAGGAAAAAAAGAAAAGAUAUAUAGACAAAGCUCUGACAAAAUGUAUAGAAAAGGUGGGGGGUAGUGUUUCCUGUAGAGAGUACAGGGUUUGGAGGUUCCCACUUCCCAGUACAGAAGAAAAAAAGAAAGGAAAAGGGUGAAUAACGUAAUAUGGGCUUUGCAUUUGCAAUUGCACUCAGCUUCUUACGACUUCCAAGUAAUUUUUUUAAAUGCUUUUCUUUUCUUUUUUCUUUUUUCUUUUUGGUUUUUAAAAGAUGAAUUAAGAUGAUGUACUUGUAGAAGAUUAGAUUAGACGAUGCCCUAUAAUCCCAACCUCUGAGAAUCCAACUUCUUAACAUUCUGUGACAAUGAAAUAUAUGACUCUCUCUCUCUCUC